AUGGCAAAAAUAAUCAUACUAUUGAUUAAAGAUAUCAAAAGAAAUUAAUGUUUAUGUUAGUCUGGUUAUUAUUAUGAUGAAAUAAAUCUACCAUGCCUACCAAUAUGUGGAGAUUAAAUCAUAUUUGAUGAAGAAGAUUGUGAUGAUGGUAAUAAUGAUCCAUUUGAUGGACUUUAUUAAUGUUAAAUUUAAUAUUAAGAUGAAUGUUAAGUUUGUUUCAAAGGUAAAUGUUAUCAAUUCAAAGAUAAUUAUUAAUUAAUUGAGGCAAUUUACUCUUGCAUAUAAAUUUGUAAUGAUUUAGUAAUAAUUAAAAAUGAUUAAUGCGAUGAUAGCAAUGAUAAUAAAUUUGAUGGAUGUCAUUUUUGUUAAUUUUAAUAUUGCUAUAAUUUUAUCCAUAUUGUAGUUUAGGAAAUUUUUAUAAAUGUGAUGAAAUAACAUGCUUUGUAUUUAACAGGAACUAAAUGUGAAUUUACAUGUGUAGAUCGAAUAGUUAUUAAAGGAUAAAAUAAAGUGAUAUCCUUUUUCGAUUUGUACAAUUUUGAGAAUAAGAUUGUUCAGAACAUUGUUUAUAUGUUAAAAUGAAGAAUGUCUUAAAUGCGAGAAAGGAUUUAAUACCAAUAAUGAAAUACACUAUGUAUUAAAAUUUUUGUGAAAAUUUAAUUUUAUAGAAUGAUUAAUUGAAGAUUAGAUAAUAUAUUAUUGAUAAAUUUGUGAUGAUUGCUAGUUUAAGUGCCAUCAUAAUUGUUAACUGCGUAAUUAUGGCUAAUGUAUUAAAUGUUAAUAAUGGUUUUGAAUAAGAUUGUGGAGAUAGAUUAUUUGUAGUUACUGAAGUUUGUGGCUCAUUAUUUUCAUCGAUCAAUUAUAAUUUUUUUAACUUUAAUUAUCAUUUUGGAUAUAGCUGUCUGAUUUGCAAUAAAGGGAUCUGUGAAGUUUGCUAGAUGGGAUAUUUAUUAGAUAAUUAAGCAUGUUAACCAAUUUUUUGAGAUUUAAUAAUAGUUGAACCUGAUUUAUGUGAUGAAGAAAAUUUAAUACCUGAUGAUGGAUUCCAUAAAUGCACCUAUUCUUGUGAAUUUGGAUGUAUAAAAUGCUAAUCUGGAUAAUGUCUAGAAAUAAGUUUGCCAAUUGAAGAUAAUAAUAAUGAUUAAACAACUUCUGAUUGUAUUCCAGAUUGCGAUCUUUGUGGUAAUGAGAAUUAAUGCUUAGCUUGUAAUGAGUACUUCCGAAUAAUAAAUAAUUUAUGCGCACCUAUGAUUGGAAAUUAUGAUAGAGGGUUUAGAAGAAUUUGA